AUGAGGUGGUUCCCAGGGGCCAUGCUUUCCGCGGAUGGCGCCGACAUCGACGAUACGCUAGCUCGCUACGGCGAUGGACCCUGCUGGGCUCCCGGCAGCGACCUCAAUGAACGAGGCCCUCGGAUGCUUGUCGACGUCAGUCCGGCAACUAGCUUCGCGGAGAUGGGACACACCGCCGCGGCCAGCUUUACACUGAACUAUCUACAGACCAUGGCCCUUCAACUCGUUUGCCGGUUUCUGGACAAGUAUACUGCCAAUCCGGACUCAGCCGGUCAGCAUCUUCAAUACACCGGCGGGCCGGGUGGCACAGGAAAGUCGAGGAUUAUCGAUGCCCUGAAGGACGUGUUAGCGGCGAGGAACCAGCCGCAUCUUCUGCAGAUAACCGGCACGUCGGGCAGUUCGGCGGCCCAGAUUGGCACGACCAUCCACUCGGCCUGUGGGUUGGAUUCCCAUCGCGAUCCAAACAAACCGCCUCCCCCUUCUCAGGCGAAGAAGUGGAUCUGGAAACAGAAGCUGGUGCUCGUCAUUGACGAGGUCACGACCAUAUCUCACCACAGCGGCUGCAGGUUGUGGCAUCUGUUCAAAACCGUGGUGCUCCUCGAAGACCAAGUCCGCGCACGCAACGAUCCCCAGCUCCGUGCACUCCUGGAUCGAGACGCUCGCAAAUCACCUUCCACGAUGGUUUGCGCUAUAACGCCGCUGAACCGCACCCGGUGGGCCCUCAACAUGGAAGCUGUUGUGGGCUGGGCGCGCUUCAACAAGCGGCACAUCCGUAUCUUUGUCUCGACUCACACCUGGCGCAACGGCACGCUGUCUCCAAACCUCAUGGCGCGAACCAUCGGACAAGGCGACGACUCUGCCUGCAAAGUCCCCGGCGUCUUCUUCUACGCCCAGGGCAUGCCCGUGGUUGUGAACAAGAACAUCUACACUGGCCUGAAGGUGAUGGCGUGA